AUGGAAGGCUGCGCCUGCAACCCCGGCUUCGUCUGGAGCGGGCAGAGCUGUGUUCCAGAAGACAAGUGCGGAUGUGUCAACAAAGACGACCGUUAUUUCAUGCUCGGAGAGGAGUGGGGGGCGGACCGUUUCCACUGUGUUUGUAAGGAGGGGAACAACAUCACGUGCGAACCUCUGGAGUGCAACCCUGAGGAGGGCUACGACUGGAUGAUCCUGGACGGAGUCUAUGGAUGCAUCUGCGUUGAUGACCAAUGUGCUGAAUGCGAGGACGACUGUUCGGAGCACGCCACAUGCCGUCUGAUAGACCUGGAGCCCACCUGUGUCUGCGACGCUGGCUAUGACGGUGACGGCUUAACUUGCGAGAAUAUCGAUGACUGCGACCCUAACCCGUGUCAGAACGGCGGCACGUGUACGGACGGCGUGGACUCGUUCACUUAUAAUGGCAAGUGCGACCCCAACCCGUGCCAACACGGGGGCAACUGUUCGGAGGGUCAGGACUCGUUCGAAUGUGCCUGCGAAGUGGGAUUCCUCGGCCAGUUCUGUGAAACAAAUAUUGACGACUGCGACCCACACCCAUGUCAAAAUGGAGGUAACUGUACUGAUGGGGUGAACGAUUACACCUGUGAAUGCGAAGCGGGAUUCGUCGGCGACCAGUGUGAAACCAAUGUUGACGAAUGCGCCUCUGACCCAUGCCUGAACGGAGGGGAAUGCCUUGACGGUGUGAACUCAUACCAAUGCGAAUGCGUGGCAGGAUUUGAGGGAGUUCUAUGUGAAACAAAUUUUGAUGACUGCGCCCCGCAUCCGUGUCAGAACGGUGCUCAGUGCGUGGACGGAGUGGAUUCUUACCGCUGUAUCUGUGUGGACGGAUUCGACGGGGAAUGGUGUGAAGAAAAUAUCGACGAGUGUUUCUCCAACCCAUGUCAAAACGGAGCCACGUGUGUGGACGGCAUACUGUCGUACUCUUGCGACUGCGCUCCGGGGUAUACUGGGCUCAAUUGUGAAUCAGAGAUCGACGAAUGCGAGUCCAGCCCGUGUCAGAAUGGUGGAGUGUGCACGGAUGCCCUGGCUAUGUUCAUUUGUGCCUGUGCCACGGGAUAUGAAGGCGUCGCUUGUGAAAUAAACAUUGACGACUGCGCCUCUACUCCAUGCCUCAACGGAGCUAACUGCACCGAUGGGCUGAACGAGUACUCUUGUACCUGCGCGUCAGGAUUCGUCGGUACCCACUGUGAAAUAAACGUGGACGACUGUGUCCCUGACGCGUGUGAGAACGGAGGAACGUGCAUCGACGGUGUGGAUUCGUACACGUGUGAGUGUGCAGGAGGGUACGCCGGUGAACACUGCGAAACAAACAUCGACGAGUGCGACCCUGACCCUUGUCAGAACGGAGCUACGUGUUUUGAUGAAGUGGACUCGUACACUUGUGAGUGUUCAUCAGGAUUCGAAGGCGUCAACUGCGAAUCAAAUAUCGACGACUGUGCAGUUGACCCGUGCCUUAACGGAGGUGCUUGUACUGAUGAAUGA